ACUUUACCUAUUACGCAGUAUUUAGUAGAAAUGCGCUUGGUUAACUACAGCAAGUUACUUUUUCUGUCAGUGUCAAAAAAUAAACCGUGGCGGACAAAGGUUUUGAGUCGGAAUUUACAAAUAAUGUCUUCAAAUUCACCGAGCGGAGCUGGAAGUAGCGAUGGUGAUGAUGAUCCGCUGUUCCCGCUCCCGGCUGCCUUGGCUUGUUUGGGUGCCAGAGUUCCCGACCUGGACGUGGACAAUGUCCGCGAGUACCUGGCGAGGAAGCUGGGCCUGCACGACCACUCCGACAACGCUGUCACGGCGGACCAGGUGCUCGACGAAGUCUCUGUGGACGGAAUCGUGCGAUGGAUCCAAGGCACUCGCUGCAAAAACAUAAUAACACUCGCCGGAGCGGGCAUAUCGACCUCCGCUGGCAUCCCAGACUUCCGUAGUCCGGACACUGGCCUGUACCACAACCUGGCCAAGUACAAUCUUCCCGAGCCACAAGCAAUAUUUGAAAUCAACUUCUUCAGACAAAAUCCUAAGCCUUUCUUCACAUUAGCCAAGGAACUGUGGCCCGGCAACUUUAUACCCACCGUGUCACAUUACUUUAUAAGACUGCUGCACGAGAAAGGGCUCCUCCUGCGCCACUACACGCAGAACAUCGACACGCUGGAGCGCGGCGCCGGCCUGCCCGAGGACCGGCUGGUGGAGGCGCACGGCACCUUCUACACCUCGCACUGCCUCGACUGCAGGAAGGAGUAUAGUAUGGAGUGGAUGAAAGAGCUGGUGUUCGCGGACCAGGUGCCGCGGUGCGGCUGCGGCGGGCUGGUGAAGCCCGACAUCGUGUUCUUCGGGGAGAGUCUGCCCGCGCGGUUCCAGGAGUGCCUGCAGGUGGACUUCGAGCGCUGCGACAUGCUCAUCAUCAUGGGCUCCUCGCUCGAGGUGCAGCCCUUCGCCUCGCUCAUCGACAUGGUCCCGGACUGGUGUCCCCGGCUGCUCAUCAACCGCGAGAAGGCGGGCACCCGCUCGCCCAUCUUCCGUCUACUUGGCCUGCACAGCGGCGGCCUACAACUGGAUGAGGACUCGUAUAGAGAUGUGGCGUUGUUGGGCAACUGCGAUGAUGGAUGCACGACUCUGGCUACCAAGCUAGGAUGGGGGGACGCGCUGCGCGAACUAGUAGUCAGAGAGCAGGCACGGCUGAAAGCAGCCGGAGGAAACACGGCCUUCGGACCCGCUCACAGCUCCACUGCGUCCAGCCAUAGCCUGCACAUGUCGGGGCCAAGUAUCCCGCUUAUGAGUCAUAAUGCCCCACAUGCUGGUCAUAGUGCCCCACAUGCAGGUCAUAGUGCCCCAGUUGGGGCAACCCCGACAGUCGUCUCGCCCACUAGCACGCCGUCCGUAGCCAGCGAUGAAGACCUGCCCACACACAAGUGACAGAAUCACAAUGUUUGUUGUAGUGAGGUAAGAUUGAAAUGAAGAGCGAAGUAGCUUCGAAGUGAGGUCAAAAUUAAAGUCAGUGAAGAUAUGCAGUGUUGGAAUGCGAAGCUAUUUAGUGGAAAAAGGCUUAUGAUUUUGUCCGAAUGAAGUAAUAUAUUUUGAGAAGGCUUUUUAAAUUAAUUUAACUGACACUGAAUUUAUCAAGUCUAUGGCGUCUAGCUAAGUCUAGUCUAGACAAUAAAAUAAUUACAAAAUACCUACAACUAAUUUAUUUUAUCUUAGUUUAUAUUUAUAACACAACUGUUUGACCGGAGUUUAAUUCUCCACUCUUGUUGGAUAUUCAUAACAUAUUUCCUCAAUUUGUUUAAAAUCUUUUUUUAUUCUAGA